AUGAUCGACCAUGUUGAUAAGCCCAACGCGAUGGGCAAAGAGUUCAUCGAUGACGAACUCACGCCCGAGGAGCGUCAGCACGAGAUCGAGGUACGCGACCUGCAGAGCCAGCAGGAUUUUAGCAACGAAACACUUUUCGACCGGAUAUUGUGCGCGCAGAUACCCAUUCACAUGAAGAGCCCGCGCAUGCUAGUCAUCACAUUGGGCGUGUUCGCAGCGUUUAGCGGCAUGCUGAGUGGAUUAGACCAGUCUGUCAUCUCGGGUGCGCUGCCUGGUAUCCGCAAGCACUUCAUUGCGGCUGGCGAGUGGUCCGGCAUGGACGACCCGAAACUGGCGACCGACGUUUCGCUAAUCUCCUCCCUGAUGCCACUCGGCGCAAUGGCCGGUGCGCUCAUCAUGACCCCACUGAAUUUCUAUUUUGGACGCCGCAACUCUAUCAUCAUCUCGUGUGUAUGGUACACACUCGGAGGAGGAAUUUGUGCGGGCUCCCGCAGUGUGGGAAUGCUGUUUGCAGGCCGAUUCAUCCUCGGCAUCGGCAUCGGCAUCGAAGGCGGCUGUGUCGGUAUCUAUAUCUCGGAGUGUGUGCCGCCAGCCGUGCGCGGUAACCUGGUCUCCGUGUACCAGCUGAUGAUCGCAUUCGGAGAGAUCAUCGGAUACGCGGCGGGUGGUGUAUUCUUCGACCUCAAGUCAGGCAGCUGGCGCUGGAUGCUGGGUUCAUCCCUCUUGUUUUCAACCAUCCUGCUGGUCGGUAUGUGCUUCCUGCCCGAAUCACCGCGUUGGCUGGUAUCCAAGGGCAAGUACGGGCGCGCGUGGGUGGUAUGGAAGUCGCUGCGCGAUAUGGCGGACCCGAAAAGCUUGGACGAGUACGUCGCGAUGGAACUCACGGUCAAACAUGAUGUCGAGCAGACCGCGGGCGAGCUAUGGUACCAGAGAUACCUGGAAGUAUGCCGAAAGCCGCGCAACCGACGGGCACUUGUCUACGCCACAGCGAUGAUCUUUUUCGGACAGAUGACGGGCAUCAAUGCCAUCAUGUACAACAUGUCGAACUUGAUGGCCAAGAUGAAUUUCAACGACCGUGAGGCGGUGCUGAUGUCGAUGGUGGGCGGUGGUGCGCUGUUCUUGGGAACGGUUCCUGCCGUGUUCACGAUGGAUAAGUUCGGUCGACGCGUCUGGGCCCAAAACAUCCUGAUGUUCAUCGUGGGCCUGGUGCUGGUCGGCGUCGGUUAUCUAUACACAAACAGCGGUGUCGAUUACUUCAAUGAGCACAAAGCAACUGCCUUGGGUUUGUUUUUCUCCGGCCUGGUGCUGUACAUGGCGUUCUUCGGAGCGUAUUCGUGCCUCACCUGGGUCGUCCCAGCCGAGAGCUUUGAUUUCAACACCCGCAGCCAGGGAAUGGCGAUUUGCUCUGCAUUCCUGUAUCUGUGGUCAUUCAUUGUGACAUACAAUUUCGAGGGGAUGCAGAAGGCCAUGACUUACACCGGCCUGACGAUCGGUUUCUUCGGCGGACUGGCCGCCGUAGGCUUCUUUUAUCAGUUGUUCUUCAUGCCCGAGACGAAGGACAAGACGCUGGAGGAGAUCGACGAGCUGUUUUUGAUGCCGACGAGCAAGCUCGUUGCGCUGAACACGAGCAAUCUGAUCAAGAGCUGGCGUUGGGUGCUGGGUGGCAAGGGCAACCAGGAGCAGAUCACCACCCAAAAUCCUUGA